CACCGACCAAUGGACCAGAACGACAGUGUAGACGCAUGCAUUCGUUUGCAGGGUUGCCCAUCAAACCAAUAAGAUCAGAUCAUCACCGAGUCCAGAUUUGAACCAAUCAGCAGGCAGGGCUUGCACCGUCGCCCACUUUCAUCCAAUACCUUCACACAACGACACAGAGAGAGACAGCACACACACACAUACAAAACAUCAAGAAGCGCUGUCGUCCUCCCCUCUGCGUACCUGUCUCACAGCUGCCUCCAAGGCAAAUCUCAGCGUCAGGUUGUGGCCAUUCCCGAACCAAUCCACCACUGCCUUCGCAAACAACGACGUGCCAUCUCCUCCAUCCCCCUCCCCACCGGUCCCGCACACCAGGCCGCGAUUAGGCAUAUGCGACAGCAGCACGGCAAGCCGGCGAUUGCGGGCAAUGUCGGCGUCCGGCAUCAGGCCAGGCCUGAAAUGGCUCAGAGGCCGCCCUGGCUCACCCCAGAGCGGAGACACGUGACGCACGAGAGACACUUCAUUGGCACACUUGUUGGGAAAGGCGUGUCUCAACGCCUCGGUUGAGAAGCCUACGAUCCGGUCAGUGGGCUGGACGGGGGGCGAGAGGAGGGAAGGGGGAAUGGGGAUUUGGAUGGGUGUGCAUGGGCGCAAGUUCCGUCGGUCUGCCGGACUGCCGUCCACAGGUGUCACCAUGCGUGUCUCCGGCGGUCUUGUCGCCGUCUCUUGACACCGCAGCAGGCUCGCAGGCGGGUUGUGCGGUGUGCAGCAGCGAUCGCCACCAACAGGACUCGACUGGGCCACUUUCGCCGUGAGCCCCAAACCAUAAGACACCUUCCAGUCGGGAAGAGCAGCAGAUGGUGACGGCGAGUGGCCGUCGAUCACCACGACGCUCGGGCCACACGCUUCUGGCGGCGGCGAGCUGCCGUUUCUCGAUACGCGAUCCGACAGCCGCUGCGCCACGUAGUCGAGCGUCAGGUAUCCGGUGAGCGGGGCUUGGGGCAGCAGAGUGGAGACUUCGAAAGGCGAGUCGAUGCCGUGCAGAAGUGUCGUUCCGUCAUGCUUCUGGCUGCCCAGGCCAGUGAAAUAGAAGAGAGCAACGUCAUCAGGCUGAACAGUGGCCACAAACCGGUCGAGGUCGUCCCGCAUGGCCGCAGUCAUCCGGUCCGUCAGCACUUGAACGGUGAAGUCGAGCGAAGAGAGGUGGAGGGCGACAAGUUGCGCGUCUGGGUGGGAUGCGGGCAGGCGUCGGUCAUGGCUGCCUCUGUUGGCGAUGAUAAGGGCUGCAAGGAGAAAAGGGAAUCCAUCAAUCAUCUUGGCCAUAUCAUUCUCCCCCAUUUGCUUCUCCCCCCACCUCGCUUGCCACGGCGUUCGGACUCAUAACCCUUCAGCCCCAAGCAAAUUUCGGGUUCUUCGCAGCUCAUCGCCGUCCUCUGUCGGCCUUCCG